CUUAGACUGAGAGUAGAACUUGCAACCGCUUGCCCGGUCCUCAUUCUAGUUUUCUUUGUAGCAACUUCAUAGUUGCUCUCGAAAGAACACAAAUUGGAGAUGGCUGUCAACACAACAGUACACCAGUUCUCACCAGAGCGGCUUCAGUUCCUUCUUCUUCUCUUGUUUGUUUUAACCUUCUCUGCAACCCCAUUGACGUUCAACUUCUCCAGCUUUCCCGCCAACACCAGGACUCUAUUUCUAGAGGGAGAUGCUUCCAUCGACGGCUCCCUCCGACUCACCAAAAGUGCUCUUGAUGACGUAAUGAACAUGAGCACCGGUAGAGCCACCUUCGGUGAAUCGUUCCUCCUCCGGCAGAAUGAAAAACUAGCUGAUUUCACUUCAAGUUUCACAUUCUCCAUUAGCUCCACCGACAUCCACGGCGGUGACGGCUUGGUGUUCUUCAUUGCUCCAAACGGCUCCUUAUUACUCGACAAGGCAUCAGAAGGAGGUUGCAAUCUUGGCCUCCCUGUCAACACUAAGCGGCCAAAAUUUACCACUAGGUACUCGUUUGUGGCAGUCGAGUUUGAUAUCUACCCUAAUGGGCGUACUUCAGGCCAACCAACAAUCGAAGAUCCUGAUUACGAUCAUGUGGGGAUAGACAUCAACUCUGUCAAGUCUUAUCUUACCACGGAAUGGAAUGGUGGUAUCAUUGGAGGAAAACAAAAUAAUGCCACAAUUAGCUACGACUCUAGCUCAAAAAAUCUUAGUGUUGCCUUCACUACUUUUAAAAAUGUAGAUCGUUACAGCAGAGUACAGGUGAUCAAAAAAUUUUAUUGCUUAAUUGAUCUGCUUCAAUACUUGCCGGAUAGGGUCAUUGUUGGAUUCUCUGCUUCCACGGGUACUGCAGUUGCUGUGCAUAAGAUCAUUGCAUGGAAUUUUACCUCCACUCUUCUGGUGGAUGAUAAUUCGACAAACAACAAUCCUCUGGCUGGCAAUAGUACGACGACGUCCGACAACAACGUAGGACUAGCAGUUGGAUUGGGUGUUGGUGGAUGUGUUACCUUGGUUGGUGCGUUGGCUUUGGUUCGGUUCAUCUUCUGCACGCAGAAGAGGGGAACAGCUGGGGAAAGUACUGAUGAUGGUACUUUGGUACUUCAUGAUCCUAUUCCUGAUGAAUUCGAAAAGGGGACAGGCCCCAGGAAGUUUUCCUACAAUGAAUUGGCCGAUGCAACUAACAAUUUUGCAGAAGGAGAAAAGCUUGGGCAAGGAGGAUUUGGCGGAGUUUAUAGAGGCUGCAUCGAUUUGAACUCAUAUGUUGCUGUUAAGAAGAUAUCCCCAGGGUCUAAACAAGGGUUGAAGGAGUAUGUGGCAGAAGUAAAUAUCAUCAGUCGGCUGAGGCAUCGGAAUCUAGUGCAACUAAUUGGUUGGUGCCACGAAAAGGAACUCCUACUUGUCUACAAAUACAUGCCCAACGGAAGCUUAGAUGCCCAUCUGUUCAAAGAAGAAAGCUUGUUAACUUGGGAGGUAAGGUACAAAAUUGCACAUGGAUUGGCCUCAGGAUUGCUCUAUCUACACCAAGAAUGGGAACAGUGUGUGCUGCACAGGGAUAUCAAAUCCAGCAAUGUUAUGUUGGACUCGAAUUUCAACGCCAAACUUGGAGAUUUUGGGUUAGCUCGACUUGUAGACCAUGGAAAAAAGUCUCAAACUACGGUUGUAGCGGGAACAAUGGGCUACAUGGCUAUGGAAUAUGUUACAACGGGAAAGGCUAGCAACGAAACAGAUGUCUAUAGUUUCGGAGUUGUUGCUUUGGAAAUAGCUUGUGGGAGAAAACCCAUUGAUUCGAGUUAUGAAGAGAAGCAAAUCAAUAUGGUGGAGUGGGUUUGGGAGCUCUAUGGAGAUGGGAAAAUUAUCGAAGCAGCUGAUCCGAAACUGCGUGGAGAUUUUGAUGUGAAACAAAUGGAGUGCUUAAUGAUGGUUGGGUUGUGGUGCGCUCAUCCGGAUUACAAUUUCAGGCCUUUGAUACAAAAAGCAAUUCAAGUGCUUAACUUCGAAGUUCCAUUGCCCGAUCUCCCACCAAAGAUGCCAAUGGCUUUUGGUCUUCCAUCAUCACUCUCAACGUUGUCCAAUUGCAACACUACUUGAGGUCAAAGUGAGCCAUCCAUCAAUACCUCAUCUUCUACAACAAACUCUAAUCCAUCAGCAACAUUAUAGUAAGAAGAAUUACUCUUACUUGUUGCUAAAAGGGGAGUAGAUUUGAUAAUCUCUAUCCU